AUGUCCCGGAAGAGGCCAAAUUUUCAACGAAAACCGGAUCAAGUUGAAUGUGUGCAGCAGGAGAAUGAGGAUCAGCAACAUUUCGAGGAUCAUUUAGUUGUUGAGGCAAUUGUCUUCACCGAAUCAGUUUAUCACGUUACACUGAAUCGAGCAACGAAGACACGUCGGCUGUCCGUCAUCCAUCUACAGUUAGACGACUUGGAGUCUUCGGGUGAUGUACGGUUUUGGAUUGGGGAUGAUUCUAUCGGUUUUGAUAAAAUCUCGAUUGAUUCAAGAACUGGAGAAAUAAUAUUGGAUCCCACAUUGCCUCCCAUUUCAAUUUCUGUCACCGUUCAUGCGACACUCCAGUCAGGUUCUAAAAAAUGUGAUGCACAUGCAGUAGUUCGCGUUCAUGUGGUAUGCUAUAUUGGCUCACAUGUGUGGGACUCAGUACGCAGAUUGUCUCACAUGAACAUGAUGAGUCCGUUGGAGCUGUGUCACUUUGACCUACGAGUGGCGGAAAUCUAUUCAGAAAAAGAGACGACAGACGACCAAAGUACUUACCAAUCCAUCCAACUCGUAUAUCGUAUACACCUGAAAAAUGUUGGAUGUCUAACACAGACACGUUUGAUCUGUGUUGCUGAAGAAGGUAUCCGGCUUGAGAAUGCAGAUUUGGGCGAAAUCGGAUCUGGUAUGGAGUGUCCAACUGAUGUGAGCAGAAAAAUGUUAGUCGCCAAAAACCGUGAUCAACUGGAAGUAUAUUUGGCAGAUUUAUGUGCGGUCGGCGGACAAAGUAGUUGGAUUGCUAUGUUGAUCAACGUGACUACAGGGGGCAUACAAACACGCUCUUCUCUGGAAUGCACAAUAUCUACCGGGAAUACUACAAUUGAGAAUUCUCGAAUUUGGUACAAUACGUCUGCAAACCAUGAUGGAUCAGUGCGACAGAAGCGUGACGCACAAGGUAUACAGAUAUCCAUGUCCAAUUUUACCAGAAAUCUUCGUAUGAACAAACCCGAGUCAACUAAAAUCAAGAUUUUCAUUCCCUCGAUGACGACAAUACAUGAUUCUUCCCUUUCGGUUACGUGUCCAAAAUCCGUCAACUCUAGUAAACCUCAAUGCACGGUAAAAGUUGUCCGACUAACAAACGCGAUGUUUGUGGAUUUCAAAGCAAGUGUACAGAACUUUACUGAAUUCAACACAAUCCAGCAAAAUAAAGUUAAGAUCAAUUUUAUGGAAAUCACAUCUGAAGGUAAGAAAAGUGAUCAGUCGUUACUGGAGAUUAUUGUGGAGAUCGAAGUGAGGCUUACACAUUGUGCAGAAGUUCAAACAAACACGAGCGUUGAUAUACAAAUAGAGGGCAGAUUUGAAGGAAACCAAAUGAAUGAAACAUUAUCAGUUGGCAUUUUAAAAGAGCAACGACCGAUCACCGAACUCCAUCUUGUGAUGCAGACCAAUACUUUGGAUGUGUUCCCAGGGAACACAGUAGUGAUAAAUGCAAUCCUGAAAAAUACCGAAACAUCUCAAGGUGAAUGUCGGUCAGUGGUUUUGGUUUUACACAACAGCGCUUGGGUCAGCAAUGUGUAUUUAACACACAUGAAUAAGAACACCACAUUGAACAAAACGGAUACCCGUAGGAUGGAUAUCACGACUGGUGGAUUGUUUGCGGACGAUACAUGGAAUGUGACCGUCAAUGUUCAAUUCAACCAAACCUUCGAUUGUUCAAAAUAUUCCAGACUCGCAAUAUUAUCGUUAACAUUAAUGGUAUUUUGUGAAUUGGAGCAUCCCAUUGAUGGUCAUGAACAGGCUCUUACCUAUGGGUUGAGAAACGUUGUCUUACAUUCAGCCCGUGAUCAGUUUACUGAUCUCGUCGAUCACAAGUCGGACAAGGUUGGCGAUUGCCAGGUGACAACAUGGUCAUCUGCCUAUCCAAUUAGCCAUUGGCUUUCCACGGCAUAUGUUACAGAUGAAUUGCUGGCGAGAUUACCUUUUGAUUGGCGCCACUGGACUAUACUUCUGGGCACAAUGAGCGAUUUGCACUACAUCCGCAUCGACAUCAAACGAAUGGAGGUGCAAGCUUUCGCAGGCACAAUUUCGUUCACAACUGAUGGACUGGCUUUCUCGGCCAUUGGGGAGGAAAAGUUCUUCGCGGACCAUGAAGGUACAUUUACUUGUGUGUUCCGCUGGCCGAUUCAAGCUCGCGGAAUUCGUAUUGUCCCCAAAAGGGACGUGAUCAAGCAAAACAUUUCCCCUGCAUCUAUUCGUCUUUACGGAAUCAAGCAUGAAAGAGAUAAUUACCAAUUCGAUCCCUGUGUCAUUCCUUUCAAGUUCGAGCCACGUGCACCGAGACUCCCCAAAUCACUGCUGGUAUUCAAUCGUUCUUAUAUCUACGCCAAAAAUGCACUGAUUGUCUGCCAACCAGUUCCGGGAAUGGGUACAUUUUUACAGGCAAAAAUGACAUGUGCCUGUGCCUAUGAGGAGAAUCCGCAGAUAUGGUUUGAUAUUGGUCCCAUGGUCUCGCAAGUUCUGACGUAUCAACUUGUGGACAAACUUUUAUUUGGAUUGGGACCGGAGCGCCACAGUCUUGUAAUCACUACAGGUCUACAAAAACCCUGGAUAGGAUUGACUUUCCGAGGUUAUCGGGAUUACAUCACGGACAAACAUCAUAUAAAUGCCACUUAUUUACCUUGGGACGAGUCUAACACAUUCAACAAGAACUUGACUGGCGAUAUGUGUGCAACAUUUUCAGUGGGAAAUUGGAGCUUGUGCUACGAUGGCAUCUAUCAUCAAAACCAGAAGGUCGGUGUUUGGGCACGAGAAAUCGGUGAUCGACGUCAUUCAUCCAAUUAA